AUGGCGGAGCGGGUGGAGAGGAGCGAGGAGGAUCGCUGCAGCCGGAAGAGGGGGCGUGAGCGGGAGGCUCAGGACGAGGCGGAGGACGAGGCGUCCAAGAACGCGAGCCUCGCCGCUGCGAAGAGGACCAGGUAGAUUCCCGCCCGCGUUCCCUCCUCUUGUGUUGGAUUGAUUCCUGGGAUAUGGGAUGAAAUUGAUGAGCCAGAGCUGUGGAAUCAGAAAGCACGCUUCCGUUGAAUGUGUGUGUGUGUGUGUGAGGGAAAGGAGGAGGAGGAGGAGGAGGAGGAGGAGUCUGUUUCAUCUCUUCGUAUUGCGGAAAGUAGAAUCCAUAUUGACUUAUUUGUGUUUUUCCUGAGAUUGCCUGCCGCCGCCGCCGCGUCAAUCCUCGUGGCCAGCAAGAUCUCGCAGCUGACGAUCUUCUACAACGGCAACGUCUGCGUCUACGAUGAUGUCCCCCCCGAGAAGGUUGUAGCCCUGGCCAUGGGAGGUUUUCUAGGGUAUGUCCAUCUUGUUUCAGGAAAGCUGUGUUUGAUUGUUCUCUGGUGGCAGGCCCAGGCAAUCAUGCUCAUCGCGGCCGCCGCCUCUGCGGCUGCCGCUGCGACGGUAUCCAUGUCCACCAGCACGGCCGCCUCCUCUUCCAGUCCGAAGAGCGUCAAGGGCCCGCGUCCGGCUUACCCUGCCGCCUCUCGUUGCCCAACAGUUGCCGCCAGCCCCCCCCCGGCGGCGUCGCCGGUGCUGACUAGGUCGCCGUCCCUGCACAGCUCCUCAGGGGCUAUGGGUGAAGCAUCUGGAGCUCCACAGGCCCAGCUGCUGCUCCCCGGCGCCGCCAGCUCCCUCUGCAAUCUGUCAGCAGGUGACAACCGCCGCCUGAUGUGAAAACCGAGCUUGCUCUCCCACCUUCUGGCGCAUGGAUUUAAUCUCUCCCGCUUCCUUUCAGAGCUUCCCCUCGCGAGAAGGAACUCCCUUCAGCGGUUCCUGGAGAAGCGCCGUGACAGGUAAAAUGCUUUUCUCCUAGCCCUCCUCACUCCAUCUUUUAUGGUUUAGAAGGAACACGAUAACGCCGACCUUUCUUAGAGCUGGGUGAGGGGGGGUAGACUGAGGAGACUGAGGGACCCUCCCUUCUCGAGAGGAAUACCAGAGGAAGAAACCCGUUCAUUAUCCGACGGAGCUUCUUGAUGACGACCGGAUCUGCGCUUGACCUCAUCUUAUCUCCUGCACUCUUCUCGAAGUGUUCGUUGGAUAGGAUGAUAGCAACAAUUUUCUUUAUGAAGAAAAAAAAUGCGCUUCCCUUGAUAAGAUGAGAAACCCAUAUUCUCUGGUCCAAGAAAAUCAUUCUUUCUCUGGCAAUCACUGCAUAUAUAUUUCUUUUUUAAGAUCAAUCCAUGAAUUUCUCUCGCGUGGUUCAGCUCCAAUCCCCCCCGUCCUCUGGUUCAGAGGAGAACCGACGAUUGACCCCACCAAUUAUGCAGGCUUGUCUUAUUACUUUCCAGCUUCUGUAAAACUAACAGGUGGCCCCUUCCAUCCACUGAAAAUUGCAGGUUGGUGAGCAAGGCCCUGCAGUCUCCCAUGAAGGCCAUGAACAGCCCUGACAGCGGUGUCGGCAGCGAGGCCUCCACUCCGGCGGCGCUCUAUCUAUAG